UCCCUACUACAGCCGCCCCAGGUGCGUCUCCUUCUGGAAAGUUCUGCGGAGCGGGCCCCCGCCGGGCCUUCUGCGUCUGUUGGACGGCUUGGUUCCCCGAGCCCCGGCAGGAUGUUUUUGAUCGGUAUCUCGGAUUUUUCCUUCUAGAUUUGGAAUUCUACACUAAAGUCAUCAUGGGCAUCUUCCAGAGAUUGAUGAAAAAUAAGGAACUCAUUCCUUUGGCGUUUAUCAUGACCGUGGCAGCCACUGGAGCUUCAGCUUUCUCUUUGUAUGCUUUGAAAAAAACCGACGUGGUUAUUGAUCGGAAAAGAAACCCAGAACCUUGGGAAAUGGUGGAUCCUACUCAACCCCAAAAGCUUAUAACCAUCAACCAGCAAUGGAAGCCCGUGGAAGAGCUGCAGAAAGUCCGGAAGGCAACCAGAUGAUGGCUCUUCGCUCCUUCCUUCCGAGGAAUACUCUAUGAAUCUAGCGGAAACACUUCAGCACAAACUAGAUGUUGAUACCAGUGUGCGGAAAUGCUUCUGCUAUGAUUUUAGGGUUUGCUUGCUUCCUUUGGAUCCUGUGUAAGCAACUGAAGGUAGUACAUAGUGUUUGUUGGUGUAAAUUUCUAUUUUGCAUUUGAAAUUUUAUGUUCCUGAUGCUUGGGUGUAGUCCUUGAAAUGUAUGAACAUGUAUAAAUUAGAUUGCUACCUGUAAUAAAAUAUUAUUUAUGCAAGAGA